AUGUUGCCAAAAUUAGUAUCUUACAUAUCGUUAAUAUACUUAUCGUUAUUGAUAGUAUUACCAUUCAUCAACCAAUCAAUUGGUGUCCAAGCCAUUGAAGAAGAAGAAAGUUAUGGUACAGUUAUUGGUAUCGAUUUGGGUACCACAUAUUCAUGUGUUGGGGUUAUGAAAAAUGGUAAAGUUGAAAUUUUAGCUAAUGAUCAAGGUAAUAGAAUUACUCCAUCAUUCGUUGCCUUUAAUGAAGAAGAAAGAUUAAUUGGUGAUGCUGCUAAAAAUCAAGCUCCAUCAAAUGUUGCCAACACUAUUUAUGAUAUUAAAAGAUUAAUUGGUUUGAAAUAUGAUGAUAAAGUUGUUCAAAAAGAAAUCAAAUCAUUACCUUACAAAAUCUCCAACAAAGGUGGUAAACCAGUUGUUAAUGUUGAUUUCAAAGGUGAAUCAAAGACUUUUUCCCCAGAAGAAAUUUCAGGUAUGAUUUUAACUAAAAUGAAAUCAAUUGCUGAAGAUUACUUAGGUAAUAAAGUUACUCAUGCUGUUGUUACCGUUCCAGCUUACUUCAAUGAUGCUCAAAGACAAGCAACUAAAGAUGCUGGUACUAUUGCUGGUUUAAACGUUUUAAGAAUUGUUAACGAACCAACUGCUGCAGCUAUUGCUUACGGUUUAGAUAAAACUAACGAAGAAAAACAAAUCGUUGUCUAUGAUUUAGGUGGUGGUACUUUCGAUGUUUCCUUAUUAUCUAUUGAAGGUGGUGUUUUCGAAGUCUUAGCUACUAGUGGUGAUACUCAUUUAGGUGGUGAAGAUUUUGAUUUGAAAUUAGUUAGAUACUUAUCUAAAUUAUUCAAAAAGAAACAUGAUAUUGAUAUCUCAGGUAACAAGAAAGCUCAUGCCAAAUUAAAGAGAGAAGCUGAAAAGGCUAAAAGAACUUUAUCAUCUCAAAUGAGUGUCCGUGUUGAAAUUGAUUCUUUUGUUGAUGGUAUUGAUUUCUCUGAAACUAUUACCAGAGCUAAAUUCGAAGAAUUAAACAUUGAUUUAUUCAAGAAAACUUUAAAACCUGUUGAAUCUGUCUUAAAGGAUGCUGGUGUUAAAAAAUCAGAAAUUGAUGAUAUUGUUUUAGUCGGUGGUUCAACCAGAAUUCCAAAAGUUCAAGAAUUAUUAGAAAAAUACUUUGAUGGUAGAAAAGCUUCAAAAGGUAUCAAUCCAGAUGAAGCUGUUGCUUAUGGUGCUGCUGUUCAAGCCGGUGUGUUGAGUGGUGAAGAUGGUGUUGAAGAUAUUGUUUUAUUAGAUGUUAACCCAAUUACCUUAGGUAUUGAAACCAGUGGUGGUGUUAUGUCAACCUUAAUUAACAGAAAUACUGCUAUCCCAACUAAGAAAUCUCAAAUUUACUCAACUGCUGCUGAUAAUCAACCAACUGUUUUAAUUCAAGUUUACGAAGGUGAAAGAUCUUUAGUUAAAGAUAACAACAAAUUAGGUAAAUUCGAAUUAACUGGUAUUCCACCAGCUCCAAGAGGUGUUCCACAAAUCGAAGUCACUUUCUCUUUAGAUGCCAAUGGUAUUUUGAAGGUUGAAGCUAGUGACAAAGGUACUGGUAAGAGUGAAAGUAUUACUAUCACCAACGAUAAAGGUAGAUUAUCAAAGGAAGAUAUCGAAAGAAUGGUCCAAGAAGCUGAAGAAUUUGCUGAACAAGAUCAAGAAAUUAAAGCUAAGAUCGAAGCCAGAAACUCUUUAGAAAACUACUGUCAUUUAUUGAAGAACCAACUCAGUGAUUCUUCUGAAACCGGUCUUGGUUCCAAAUUAGAUGAUGAUGACAAAGAAACUUUAGAUGAUGCUGUCAAAGAAUCAUUAGAAUUUAUCGAAGAUAACUUUGAUACUGCUACUUCUGAAGAAUUUGAAGAACAAAAACAAAAAUUAAUCGAUAUUGCUAAUCCAAUUACUGCCAAACUUUACGGUGGUGAUUCAGGAGCUGGUGCGCAAUUUGGUGAUGAUGAUAGUGAUGAUGAUUUCGAUCACGAUGAAUUAUAA